AUGCCUUCCGGAGGUGCAGCAGGACAGCGAGCUUCUCGGUCUCGUUCUGCUGCUGCUGGUACAGCAGCAGCAAGACGGACCAGCAAGAAGCGCACACCAUCAGCAGCAGCAGCAGCAGCAGCAGCAGGGUCAAAAGCAGCAGAAGCAGCAACAGCAGGGGAUCUGCUGCUGAGGCCCCUCGAUGAGGAGGUUGGGGAGCAUCUGUGGGGCCCCCACAGAUACCCCUUUGGCUGCUGCCCAUGGAGCCUGUUGGAGGGGCCCCAGGGAGCCCCUAACCGUACACCUAGCGCCACAAGGAAGUCUAGAAGCAGCAGCAGCAGCAACAGCAGCAGCAGCAGCAGAAGUGGCCAUGAGGGUUUAUACGUGUUACAGGUGUGCUCAUUGACGCCUGCAGUGUUGGACUGCCUGCAGCAGCAGCUGCAGCAGCAGCAGCAGCAACAACACGGAGAGGAUGAAGAGGAGGAGGAGGAGCAGCAGAGUAUAAUAUUUCCUGCUGCAGCAGCAAGUGCGGUGUACGUACACCCCGCAUCCUUAAAGACUCAUUUGCUGCGGGCUGAGAGGCCCCUACCCUAUUUAGACGUAUUAGUGGUUGGGGCCCCCUUUCGUGAGGGCCCCCGUGGGGCCCCUGAGCAGCAGCAGCUAGCAGCAGCAAUUCAGGGGGCCCCCCACCUCUGUGCCCUUGUUAUAAGAGGGGACAUAAGAUGGUUAUUGUCUUUGUCCUCUGCAUGCACAAAGAGCAAAAGCCUUACUCGUAUAAUUCUUGAGGAUAUGCAUGCAAAGGAGGGGCCAGCAGCAGCAGCCUUAUUAGCUGCUCAUAACAGCAGCAGCAGCAGCAACAACAACAAUAACAAUAAUAGCAGCAGCAGCAGCAAGGUGUUAUUGGGGGCUUUAAUUGGGGUGUAUAUACGCACUGUUGCUGCUAUGCCUAAGGGCUCAGGUGUAUGCAUGCGCCAUUGCCGUUUGGGGCUGGCAGGACUGCAGCAGCUGCUGCUGCUGCUGCAGAAGCAUCCCUCUUUGCUGCGGCGUAUAACAGAGAUAGAUAUUUCCUUUAAUGAUAUACCCGAGGAGGGGGGCCCCCUACUUGCUGAUUUCCUUACUAAGGGUGGGGGCCCCCCGCUGCUGCAGCAGCUAAGGAUUGGGGGGAACCCUUGGGGGCCCCGGGCCCUUGAGGGCCGUCUUAAGCAGCUGGGGGGCCCUCUUAAGGAGCUCUCACUGCAUGCAGCACAAGGUGUGGGGCCCCCGCCCCUUCAGGGAGGGGGGCCCCCUGACCUGCAAUCCCUUUGGUUAGGGGCCUCCGAUGUAUCUUUUAGGGUACUGAGGAGGCUGCUGCUGCAGCAAGCAGCAAGGGGGCCCCUGCUGCACCUUGAUCUCUCUUGCUGCGGGGAGAGUCUUAGCGAAGAUGAUGUUGCUGCGCUGCUGGAGGCCCUCUAUGGAUCUACCAGCAAAAUCAGCAACAGCAGCAGCAGCAGCAGCAGCAGCAGCAAGCGCAGCACGAGGAGCAGCGGGACGCAAGGGGCUGCAGACGGGAAGGGACACGGGGCCCCGCUAAGGAGUCUUAACUUAGCAGGAAAUAACCUGGGGGCCCCUGUCUUGCAUGCAAUAGGGGGGGCCCUGGGGGCCCCAGGCUGUGCCCUUAAGUCCUUAGAUCUGAGUAAUAACCCUUGCGGUGUACAGACACCUGAGGAAGAAGAAGAAGAGGGACCCUCUCCUCUACAGCCUCUUGCCAGUGCCUUGCAGGGUGCUGGAGGGAAGGGCGUGUGUCCCUUGGAGUGUCUCUUCUUGAAGGACUGCAGCAUAACAGCAGCAGAUUUGCUGCUUGUUGCUGCUGCGCUGCAGCAGAAUGGUGGGCAGCUAAAGGUAUUGGAUCUAAGAGACAAUCCAGCAGCAGCAGAUGCAGAAGCAGCAGCAGAUGCAGAUGCAGCAGCAGCAGCAGAUGAAGGUUCGGAGGACCCAGCUGCUGUUGCUGCUGCACUUGUUGCUGCUGCAUCCGAAGCGCAGGUGCUGCUGCUGCUUGGCAGCGACUCUGCUGCUGCUGCAGAAACAGCAGCAGCAGGAGGAGCACAGCAGCAGCAUGCUUCAAGAAGGACAACUGCAGCAGCAGCAGCAGCAACACGGAGGUCACGACAGAAGGAGGCACGAAGCAAGCGUGUCCGCAGCAGCAGCACCAGUGGUGGCAGCUGCACCCCCAGCAGCAGCAGCAGCAGCGAGGAAGCAAGCGAGUUCGAGGAAGAUGCUUCUGUCUCCUCAUCAGGAGACAGUGUCUCCCGCCGUCGUAGGGGCCCCCCCCGUACCCGUAAGGGUACUACAAGCCGCCUACGGGCCUCGCAGGAGGCCCCUGUCUCUGCAGCAGCAGCAACGAGAAAAGCCGCCGCAGCAGCAGCAGCAGAUAAGGGUCUGCUGCAGGAGUGUAUACCUCCUACAAGGAAGAGUCUCCGCUAUAGGGGGGGAGAGGGCCCCAAGACAGUAGGGGGGCCCCCCAGGUCCUUAAAGGGGCCCCCCCGUAGCCCUGCAGAGGAGAUAAGUCUUGGUAGUGGUAAUACCUCCUUGCUGUCUGAUGUAACAGACAGCCAAGACAGCGACACAGGCAGCAGCAGCAGCAACAGCAGCAGCAACAGCAGCAGCAGCAGCUAUCGUGAGGCAGGAGGAGCUAGCAGGACACCAUCAGAGAGAGCAGCACAUUCUCGUGACCCUAAGCGUAACAGCAGCAGCAGCAGGAACAGUACAAGCCGUCGCAGCAGCAGCAACAGCAGCAGCAGCAGCAGAAAUGGUAGUGAGGAUAACGCUGCUGCUGCUGCUGCUGCAGAUGAAGAAGAAGAAGAAGAAGAGGAGACAGGAGACACCUCAGGAGACACCACAGAGGACACAAGCGACUCCGACUACGAGGCAUCAGAGCCUAGUGGGGCCUCCAGUGCAGACACAACAGCAGCAGGGGGGGGCCCCCAAAGGGGUGCUGCCGCUGCUAGCAGCAAGAGGCCCCUAAGACUCCUUAGAGGGGGCAGGGGCCCGAAGAGGAAAACAGUAGGGGGGGCCCCUGAUGACUCCUCUUCUGAUGGUGAAUUUAAAUUACCCGCUAAGAGGGAGGGGGGCCCCAUUAGGGGCCCCCAACCCGCUUAUAAGAAACGCCAAGGUGCUGCUGCUGGGGGCCCCAAAGAAAUCAAGGGAGACACAGAGGAGGAUGCAGCAGCAGCAGGAGCUGCUGCUGCUGCUCCUGCAGAAGGGGCAGCAACUACCGCAACGCCAGCAGCAGCAGCAGCAGCAGGGGCAAAGACACCACCACCGCAGCUGCAGGUUGAAAAGCCAGCACAACCACCACCAGCAGCAGCUGCUGCACAGGGGCCCCCCAAAGGGUCUCCUGGACUCCUGGGGGCCCCUGGGGCCCCCGUGUCUGUGGUGGCGGAGGCAGGAAGGAUAGGGGGACCCAGAGACAAACGUGGGGCCCCCAUUCGAGGUGCGACCCCUGACACAUCAGGGGCCCCCCUACCCGUCUGCCGCUCUGUACGGUCAGCGGGCCCCCCCAUUGCUGUGUCCUUUGCGGUAGGGGGGGGCCCCUUCCUCUCUUAUAGAGGAAUGAAGGGAGGGGACGCAGGGCCCUCAGCAGUACCCUUGCCGAGGCUGCCAACAGACCCAGAGGAGUGUCAGCAAUUAAAAAAGGCUGUAGAGGACUUGGGUUCGUUGUUUUUGCGUUAUUUUAUACCUAAGGAGACACACCAUUUUGUUGGUAAAUCUCCUUGGGGGCCCCUGUUGCGGGGGCCCCCCCAAGCAAUAUUAUUAGGUCUAAAGUUGCUGUUUUUAUCACGUUUCUUGGAGGUAACAAUGGUAGAGUUGUCUCUGCUGCAGCAGCUAAGGGACAGCAGCAGCACGCCGCCGCUGCUGCGGUUGCUGCUGUCCUUGCUGCUAGAGGAGCUCCCCCGCUGCAGUCUUACUUAUAAGUAUAGAGCAACGGGGUCCCUAGAGCCUACCGAUCUCCUGUGUCUCCCUGGUCUGCUGCUGUAUGAUGGGGGCCCCUCGUCCCCUGCUGUAUCUGCAGCAGAGUUCAGGGUCCUAUGGGAAAGGAGGCACUGCAGCAGCAGCAUCAGCAGAACCAGCAGCAGGGGUGCAGCAGCAGCAGCAGCUGCUGCUGCUAUGGCACACGCAAAAACAGCUAGUGGGGCCCUCAAGGGGCCCCCGAGCUCCGUCUUUGAUUUGCUGCCGAUAACGAGGAGCAAUUCCUUGGAUGGGAGUACCCCUCAACCAACAGCAGCAGCAGCAGCAGCAGCAGCAGCAGCAGCAGCAGCAGAAGCAGCAGCAGCUCCAAGCUCCCUGUUCUCUACACCGCAACGAGACGUACCAAGGGGUUCGUCCGCGCAGAAGCAGCAGCAAAAGGACAUGGGGGCCCCAUCGGGGGCCCACCAGUUUGCUGCUCCUGCCCCAUUAAGCAGAAUGAAGAGGCCCCCACCAGGGUUUGGUGGGGGGCCUCCACCGCAGGGGCCCCCUGUAAGUGGGUCUGCUGUGGACACUGAUGGGGCUCAGGCAGGAGCAGGAGCAGGAGCAGCAGCAACAGGGGUUAUAAGAUCAGAUAGAGACGGGGAGGGUAGUGACAUAUUAAGUCCUUGUGGUGUAUCUCCUCAUGAAUUAAGAUCAGGUUCUUCCUGUACAGGUUCGUGCAUGCAGCAGCAGCAGCAGCAGCAGAAGCAGCAGAGGCAGCAGCAGCUAGUGUAUGCAUGGGAAGACCCUGAGUGGCUCCUUAAUAUUGACUCCGUCUUACAAGAAUUAGGGGUCGAGUUGGGGCCCUGCAGCAGCAGGGGCCCCCAUGGGGGCCCCUGUACCUGUCGUGAAGUCCUAGUAGUGGAUGUACAGACAGAUGGGGGUCUAAGGAGAAGGGUAUCCGAGGCACAGCAAAUGGUUGGUUGUACCCCAUUGGGGGGCCCCCGGGGGGCCCCCCCUGCCUCCCGUCAACGACGUCGUGUUGAGGCCCUAAGGAGGUUUGUAUUAAAAGUUAUUAGGGCCCCCGCAAACCCUUCUGAGGGUUUAGAGGUUAAUAGAAUAGCAGAGACUUAUGGAGGGUUUGUCCCUCUUGGAUCCGUGAAAUUCGGUAGUAGUAGACACAGAGCGCUACUCUUCAAGGUCCUCUGCGACUCCGUGGGGAUACCAUGCAGGCUCCUUAGGGGCCCUCCUGGGCCCCCUGGGGCCCCCGAGUUCGUCUACAAUAUCGUGUUGAUAGGCUCAGGCCAAGAGGCUGAGCUGGAGCACUUGAUGCCGAUUCUAUGGGGGGAUUCUCCUGAAUCGAUGGAGGGUGGGGGGGCCCCUGGGACCCCUACAGGAGGAGCAUUGGGGGCCCCUGAGGGGGCCCCUGAAGGGCAGUCCGAUACUCCUUCCUCCUUUUUACAACUAAACCCUCCUCAGCUGGGGGCCCCCCGUUGCCGCGGCAGCCCUUGCUGCGGUGUUUGUCUUCCUCGUAAACCCUGUGGUUCUUCUAAGUGCAUAUACUUGGCAGCGCAGCAGGAGGAGGAGAAGGGGCAGCAGCAGCAGCAGGAGCAGCAGCAGCAGCGACAGCAACAACUCGCAGCAGAAAGAGAUCUGGAUCGCUUCCUGCUGCAGGCAAGUGGUUGGCCAGGGUGUACAAGUGGUGGGGUUGCUCCUGAUCAAUUAGACCUUGAUUAUUAUUUUACUUUUCAUGAUAAACUUGGCAAAGGAAACUUUGGGGAGGUUUGGAGGGUUUCUCUCAAGCCCCAUGCAUUGCAUGCACCAGCCCCUCACCAGACACGAAACAGCAGCAGCAGCAGCAGCAACAGCAGCAGCAGCAACAGCAAUGGCAAUAGCAAUAACAGCAACAGCAAUAGCAGCAGUAGCAGCAAAGAUGGAGAUGAUAACGUCAUGCAACAACAUCUUCCACAAUACGCACUUAAACUCGUCCCAAGAAUAGAAGAAAAUGUACCAGAGGCAGAAAUAAUGCGGUCUUAUACACAUCCAUGUAUUGUUCCUUUUCUUGGAGUCUUUGAAGGAUUUCAAAUGUUAGAGGAUCGAACAAAAAGGAAAAAUAAACAUUCUUCUCUUUGCUUCCUUAUGCAUAUUGCUGAUGAAUCCUUAGAGAAUUUAUUAAAUAGACAUGAGGCUGAGGGUUUACUGCUAUCUGUUGAUUUUAUUUUGGGGGUUUUGUUGGACUCUGCAAGAGCGAUGCAAUUUCUUCAUUCCCCUCGUGCAGCUAAACCCCAUUUAUUGCAUAGGGACCUAAAACCUGCUAAUAUACUUAUCAAGGAUGGGAGAGCGCUGGUAACAGACUUUGGGGUUGCAAGGGUUGCUGAGCAUCGCUACUUUGAGCAUGAAAUGACUCAGGGACCAGGAACCGAGGACCCAUUUUUAGUAAACUUGGCACUCGCGUGCUUGGAGACCGACCCGCGGAUGCGCCCCACUUUCGAGCAAAUCGUCAACCGUAUAGUAGACGAACUCUUCAGGGUAGAGACCGAGAGGGUAUUAAGGACGAACUACAGGGACGUCCUCCCGCUGCAGCAGCGGGACCUUUGCUGCUGCUGCUACCAGCAGCAGAUCUAUCAGAUAGAGCAGCAGCAGCAGCAGCAAAUGCAGCAGCAAAUGCAGCAACAGCAAGCAUGUGGGGCCCCACCAUGUCCUGAAGACGCCUUAGCCUCUCCAGGCAUCCUACCAGCAGCCCCUGCCUGGUCGUACAGGGGAGGGGCCGCGGGGGCCCCCGGGGGCCCCGUACCCCCACUCUCUCUCUCAUUAAGUGCAUGCAGCUCGCCGCGGCAUGCACCGGUGGGGCCCCCUUCAGAGGACCUUGAAGGGGGGCCCCUCCUAGACUCUCCGGGGGUCGUGGGGGAGCCGCUGCUAGGGACAGCAGCAGCAAACGCAGCAGCAGCAGGAGCAGCAAAUGCAGCAGGAGCUUCUGCUUCUGUUGGAGGUGCUGUCAACUUUCCGGUAUCAGACCCUGAUGGGGCCCCUGGGGGGCCCCAUCAUGGGGGCCCCACUAGAGCCGCGGGGGUUCCUAGGAAGUCAGGGCCCCCCAGUAUAUUAGCAGCAGCAGCAGGAGAGGCUGAUGCAGAUGGUGGGGGUGCUGCCGUUUCUCCUAUCGCCACGCGAUCGUCCCCAAGGAGGAGCCUAAGAGGGCCCCAGCUGGGGCCUACUGGUGCAGGUGAUUCGGAAGAGGGUACUGAUGAAGGUGCCGGCAAAGGCCAUCAGAGCCACUCGCCCAUAAGAGGCCGCAAUGGGACCCGCCGCACGAAGCCUCCUACUAGCAGCAGCAGCAGCAGCAGCAGCAGUAGCAGCAGCAGCAGCAGCAGCAGCAGUAGCAGCUACAGAGCAGAGAGCAGCAGCGGGAGUUCAUACAGCGAUAGAGGCAAGAGAAACAAAACAUGCAGACAGAGUCCCCACACAAGAAGGGGGGCCCCCCUCAGUCCCCGUAAACUGGUAGAUAAAGGUACAGGGGCCCCUCCUAAAGGGGGAGGGGGGCCUCCCAAGUCUGGGGGAGGCACAAGAGCUGCAAGCAGCAGACACCGCACUGUACAGACAUCUGCUGCUGCAGCAACAAGGCACCCAGAGAAAGGGGUCCCCACUUAA